UUUCGCAAUGUAUCGAGAUGUCUCAACGUCAAAGAUCAUUCCGGGCGCGUCUCUGGAACUUUGUGAAAUUGCUGAUAGUUCCUCUUUUUGUUAUUAAUAUAUGUGAAUUUCUCAGCAUGCGUCUCUUUAAAUUACCGCCUUCCGCGUAUCCCACCUGCUAUUCGAUAGCUGCUUCGAUGGAGCUUACUCCCGAGAACAUAUCUGCCAUUGAAGUUGAUGGUCCAAUUCCACUAGAGGAUAUACUGCUAUCGGAAGAAAAGCCGUCACCUGGAAAGACUAUAUUUUUCCUGGAGACCAGCUGCCCUUGCUCUGAAAAUGAUUUUAAUUUCAGCACUUUGAGCUCACGACAAGCCUGCGCCAUUGAAUCGGCAGCAUUGCAUAAUCCGAACCUAGAUAUUUAUGUUUUAUUUGCCUGUCCACACUUUCGCUAUCGAUUCGAUCCUAUAAUGGAUGUCAUACUGAGCUAUAGGAACAUACGACUUCGUCGCGUCAAUCUUUGGCGAUUUGCGGAAGAUACUCCACUUGAGGACUGGAUGUGGCAAGAAGAACUUUUUAGCGCUAGGUCUGCGAUUUCUGAUGAAUAAUAUCUCCAACCUUCUUCGCUUAUUGUGCUUAUAUCACUUCGGCGGCAUCUACAUGGACAUGGAUGUGGUUGUAUUGCGUAGUUUUGAGAAUCAGUUGUCUAACUUUGUGGGUGCUGAGGCCGAACAAUAUAUAUCGAAUGCUGUUAUAGGUCUGGAGUCCAACGGAUUUGGCCACAAGCUCGCUGAACUGUUGUUACGUGACUUUGAAGAGAACUUCAAUGGUGAUAUCUGGGCCCACAAUGGGCCACGAAACAUUUUAAGCGUAAUGACACAAAUCUGUGGAACGAAUAAUGUCAGCCUCAUGGAGACAAAUCGUUAUCAGUGCCAGGGCGUUAAGGUAUUUAAUCACAAAUCCUUCUUUGAGAUCCAAGGCUAUCACUGGGCGCAUUUCUUUGAGCCAAAAUAUGCAAAUAAAACGCUGCUACGCUUAAGGAAUUCGUAUCUGACUCAUAUCUGGAAUCGAUAUAGUGCGAAGAGAUCGCUUAGGGUUGACUCCAAUGCUGCUUACAUUCAAUUGGCGCGGAGACAUUGUCCCAGGGUCUUGGCUAUAACUAAAGAAUAUUUCGAUUAGUCCGGUGAAUUAAUUGCUAUGAUAGAGGAUUCAAUUGCACUUGUAGUAGGACCGUAUAAUAAGGUAAUACAGCUAAACAAACAACAUAAAAUGUACAAUUAAACAGUUGCUAUUUCAUUUGUUAGUCGUAACUAGUUUAAACUGCAAAGUUAUGGUUCUACGUAAAUGGAAAUUUCGAGCAAGUCUUAACAGGUGUGUCGAAUUUCUAGUUCCCAUAUUGAUGUUCCAUGAACUAGACUUGUAAAUAUUUGUUUUCAUGGAAUUGUGCUACUAUUUAAUUUAAACUAAUGUUAUUUGAGCAAGAUGCUCGCAUCUUUGCCGUCAACUGGAGUGCGAAUAAAAAUAUCAAGUACAUACUCGUAAUUCGAAAAGAUAUUCUACUCUCGGAUGUCAUACCCAUACCGGGAAACAUAAUAUUCUUUAUCGAUCCUUUAUCAAAAGCCAAUUGCCACGUUCCCGGUAUAUUAUGAAGUUUACAACUCGACAAGCUUGUUCAAAUGAAUGGACAUCAUCUAACUGUUUCAAGUGCUCAAGUGUUUGUUUUACUUGCAAAUUCCCUUCUAAUAAUGUAAUCAAUAAUGUUUAAUUGUGGUAUUAGGGAACACGUCUAAUAAAAAUAUGCAAAU